GUGGCGUUUUUCAAUGCAGACAAGAAUUUUAUUAAAUCCAAGGAACAUGGAUCAGGAAACACUGCAAUUCAUAUGGCCUGUAGACAUGGACACUUUGUGAGUAUUGGAGAAAUUAUAUCGAGACAUUUGUAUUUAAAUUUCCUUAGAAGACCGAAAAAAAAACAUAAAAUAAAAAGGAAAGAAACGGCGCCCAAAAUUACGAAGCUUCUCAGAUUGUUAGUUUGGGAAAACUACAAAUGUUUGCGUCGGCCGUCUGGCACUAUUUCUCGUGAGUUUCAUUUUGCGAACAGGCUAUCUUUAUAUUAUAUUUUGCGGGUCGAGUCUAGUUUUCCUUUCUGGCAAUUUAUUUUGACGAUUCUUAGAAAUGCAUUCAAACUUUAUGCAUUUAUUUGAGUCAAAGGCAAAACUAGAAGUCGUCUCUCAUUUUUCUCAGGGUUAGCCUGUGUCAAACCUAAGUAAUUUGUCAAGUGUAGGUGUGUGGCCUAAGUUGCUCUUAAUAUAUUAUUCAAUAUCAAAAAUCAAAACUUUAUCAAUGUAAAACUUAUAAUAGCGACCGUAAAGUUUAGAUGUGCGGUUGUGUUUCUCUCUGAGGACUGGUUUUGAAGAUCCCAAAAUAAUUUUGGGCCUUUUCAAUAUUUAUCAUGUUUUCAAGUUAGGAAAUUAAUCUUUUCAUGAACUCCCAAGUAACGAUUAAUCUGACUCCUGAUUUUUAGGAUAUUGUGUUAUACCUGCUGGAAAACGGAGCUGAUAUCGAUAUGUUUAAUAAUCACAACAACACGCCUUUUUUCCUGGCCACCGAAAGUCUACAAAAGGAGAUAUGUCAGGUA